GGUCAACUUCUUCACGGAGGGAGCGCUUCCGCCGCAGGGUCCCUGCCGCGGCGGUUGUGAUGCAUGCGACCGGCGGAGCGCUGGAGAGGUGUCGGCACGCGACAUUGGAGACGAGGCCCGGCUGAUGCUGAGUGCCGUGGCGGGACUGCACAACAAGUACGGCAUGAGCCGAGCCGUACAGCUGCUGCGGGGCUCGCGAUCCAAGGAGCUGGCGCCCUGGAUGCUGGAGGCCACCCACCUGGUCACGGGAGCCAAGCUCCACGGGUCCGGCAGCUCCCGCAGCGACGGCUGGUGGAAGGGGCUGGGCGGGCUGCUGGCGGCGGAGGGGCUGCUGCAGUACCACUC